UUUUUCAGCAGGCUUCAAAAUAUUGCUGAUUUUAUAAAAUUGGUGUGUGUUGUGUUUUGCGGAUGUCGUGUUAUUUCGUGACUAAAAUUUGUUCCAGUUUCCUGAAUCUCCGAUAAGUUCCAUCAAUUUACACAGACCUUCUAAGUUCUUGAUUAAAAUUAUUACUGAAUGGUUCUUCCCUAACGCUUUGUGGAAUGCCGAACGUCGUGUUUAAAUCCGUGGAAAGUUUCAGCAGCGAAGAUCCGAACUUUCCCGCUUCUAAUUUACUGGCCAAGGAAGCGCGUAAAUGGAAGUGUCGCGAAGCGGGGGAAAAGAGCGCUUUGGUGGUUUUGCGGUUGGAAAAGCCUCUGACCAUCAGUGGAGUCGAUAUAGGAAACGAACACUCGGCCUUUGUAGAAGUGCUGGUGGCUCGAAGUGGGCCAUCUAAUCCCGAAUUCAAAGAGAUCCUUUUGACGUCCUCGUUCAUGUCACCGAUAGAAAGCCGAAACUCGACCAGCACCAAUCGAGUGAGAUGUUUUACCCAGGCUGAACUGAUCGAAUCGGUGGCUCGGUGUCAAUGGGAUCUGGUUAAAAUAAUUUGUACCCAGCCGUUUAAUAGUCGCGUUCAGUACGGGAUUUCAUUCGUGACUUUGCAUUGUCCUAAGGCGCAAAACAAGCACGAGUUGGAAAAGAAAUCGCUUGUUCCAGAUAAAUUUAAGAAACAGAUUCAGGAAGAAGCUGAGAAGCACGAGGCGCCGAAAGCUGUAAAGUUGGGGAGGUUUAUAAUACGGGAGGAAUCUCCUGACUCAGAUGAGGCGAAUAAUUCAUCGGCCCUUUUUGCGCGAUGGAAGGAAUCUCGAGGCGGAACAGCUGCGACUGUGAAUGCCAAAGUUUCAAGCAACUCGACGAAUGUGGUGUCAACAGCAGCGGCAAUUCGUAAUGCGUCUACACCAGCUGCAGUCAAAAACAAACAAUUAACACCGGUGGUCAAUAGAAAACCCGUUGCGAUAACACCCAAGGUAAAACCGCGCUUGUUCGACGACGAUGAUGAAGAAGAAGAAAUUACCAAGCCGCUGAAUCGGAACCGCGAGUCACUGCUUUAUGACAAGGAUGAUGACAAACCCAAUGAAAAAUUAGAAAAGAAAAUGGCUGAAGAUCGGGCUCGGAUACAACGGGAAAAAGUUAAAUCCGACAAGGAGAAGCGCGAUCAUUUAUUGGCGGAAAAGAAAUCCAAGGGCCAUGACAAGUCUGUCACGAAGUUUAAAGACUUUUUAUUCGAAGAUCCGCCGGGAACUGCGAGUGGUGAUAGUCCAAAGAAGAUCAGCUCUUCUCAAGAAAAGCGGCAUCGUUCGAGGUCGCCGCCAACCGCAGAAAAAACAAAGCAUCAUAAACGACGAGAUUCGGGACGGGAUUCGAGAGAGGAACAUCGUGAGCGGGAAAGGAAGCCUUCCGAGCAAGAAACUAAAAAACGUCCCUCGGAGUCGCCGAGGGACAAUAGCAACAAAAAACAGAAGCAUCAACUGUCGGGUGAUGAAUAUGAAAAUCGGAAGGGUAAGCCACCGACCUACAAGCAUUUCAACAAGUUGCUGGAAAACGUGGUACUCGUUAUCAGUGGAAUACAAAAUCCCGACCGGGCAAAUCUGAGAACUCAGGCGCUUGCAAUGGGGGCGAAAUACAAGUCCGAUUGGGACUCCAGCUGCACGCAUCUCAUUUGCGCCUUCAAAAACACCCCCAAGUACAAUCAGGUGCAUGGCAAAGGUAAAAUAGUGAAGAAAGGAUGGAUUGAGCGGUGUCACGCACUUCGGAAGCGUCUGUCAUGGCGCAAAUUUGCUCUGGAUUCCAAUGAAGCUGAGCAAUCAGACUCAGAGGGCGAAAUCAUUGACAUCUCCAAGAAACCAAGCGACCUCUCGUCGUUCGGUGAGAAGGCAGAAGUGCAUAGCAGUAGGGUUAAGGAAUCAAAGCGCGAAACGGACGAAGAAGCCCUGUCUCAUUAUGAUUUGGACGACGUGGUGUUGGUGGAAGACCGAAAACCGGACACGGUUGAAAUAUCCGGAUCGGACACUGAAGAGGAGAUUGAACGAGUCAAAGAGAUGCACAAGAAGGAAUCCGGGAAUGCGAAUGGAGUGUACGAUAAGAGUACCGAGGACGAGGGUGCGAGUACCACGAACAAGGGUGCACCGUUGGACUUCUUCAAAGGACAAACGUUUUUCAUCGAUUCUGAUAUUGGGGCCGUGGACAUUAUCAAAUUGGAACGAUAUGUGACUUUGUAUAAAGGAACUAUUACCAAGACUGCGAAUGAAGCUGAUUACGUCGUAACACGUAAUCAAAAACCAAUGGGAGACGGCUUCAAAGGUCAACUAAUUAAACCACUUUGGGUGUACGAAUGCCACGACAUGGAAUGCCUUAUCCCAAUUCAACGAUAUCAACCAUAAAACAGAAUAAUGACCUCUACAUUCGUUACUCAUGUCUCUAUUUAUUAAAUUAUCUGUUCUUUUAUACCAAUAGAAAAA